CUAAUCAUUGAGCCUGAGAUGCAGGCGUAAUACCCAACGCGAAUCAUAAAACACACCAUGGUUGUCGUAAUAGUUUUUCGGUUUCACGAAUGACUCACAGUUCCUAAAGAAAUAGGAGAUUUUAUAUAAUUAUUAUAUGAAGGUGUUCGAGACUUGAAAUAUAUGCCAGCAUGUCAUUCUUUGUGGAUUCGGUUAUUAUGUUCACUUCCCAGGUGCUGUUUUUCGGAUUUGGCUGGCUGUUUUUUAUGCGGCAAUUAUUUAAAGAUUAUGAGGUGCGACAGUAUGUGGUGCAGGUGGUUUUCUCUAUCACAUUUGCAUUCUCUUGCACAAUGUUUGAACUCAUCAUCUUUGAAAUCCUUGGAGCAUUAAGCAGCACGUCCAGAUAUUUUCACUGGAAGCUAAAUUUGUACGUUAUACUGCUGGUUCUAAUCUUUGUAGUGCCUUUCUACAUCGGCUACUUUGUAGUCAGUAACAUACGUUUGUUGCAGAGACAGAGGUUGUUGUUUGCAUGUGUUGUUUGGUUUACCUUUAUGUAUUUCUUUUGGAAACUUGGAGACCCUUUUCCCAUAUUAAGUCCAAAACAUGGUAUUCUGUCUAUUGAGCAGCUCAUCAGUCGUGUCGGGGUCAUUGGGGUCACACUGAUGGCCCUGCUGUCUGGAUUUGGUGCUGUGAACUGCCCCUACACAUACAUGUCUUAUUUUCUAAGGAAUGUAACAGACAGUGACAUCCUGGCUCUGGAGAGACGGUUGCUUCAGACCAUGGACAUGAUUGUCAGUAAAAAGAAAAGAAUUGCCAUGACCAGGAGGCAGAUGUACCAGCGAGGAGAAGACCAAAACAAACAGACCGGAAUCUGGGGGAUGCUCAAGAGCGUCACUUCUUCUCCUCCAGGCACUGAGAAUCUGUCUCUGAUCCAGCAUGAAGUAGAUGCUCUGGAGGAGCUCAGUAGACAACUCUUCCUGGAGACAGUGGACCUGCAGGCUACCAAGGAACGCAUAGAAUACUCAAAGACAUUUCAAGGGAAAUACUUCAACUUCUUGGGGUACUUCUUUUCCAUCUAUUGUGUUUGGAAGAUAUUCAUGGCCACCAUCAACAUAGUCUUUGACCGUGUGGGGAAGACUGACCCAGUGACGAGAGGGAUUGAGAUCACAGUCAACUACUUGGGAAUCCAGUUUGAUGUAAAAUUCUGGUCUCAGCACAUUUCUUUUAUCCUGGUUGGAAUCAUCAUCGUCACCUCAAUCCGAGGCCUUUUAAUCACUCUUACUAAGUUUUUCUAUGCCAUCUCUAGCAGCAAGUCAUCUAAUGUAAUAGUGCUGGUACUGGCCCAGAUCAUGGGGAUGUAUUUUGUGUCCUCUGUGUUGCUCAUGCGUAUGAGCAUGCCUCUGGAGUACCGUACCAUCGUCACAGAGGUCCUGGGAGAGCUGCAGUUCAACUUCUAUCAUCGCUGGUUUGAUGUGAUCUUCCUAGUUAGUGCAUUGUCCAGCAUCCUCUUCAUGUACCUGGCACACAAGCAGGCACCCGAGAAGCACAUGACUCUGUGAAGUACUGAAUGACCUCAUAAAAGGGACAUGGACUGAAGUGUUAAGCUGCUUUUUUUCAGUUUCUUCUUUCUAAGAGGCCUCUUUUUAAUGAACCCAGAACUGAAUUUCCUGAAUCAGGAAGAGUAGACGAUGCUGGUUUGGUUGAAAGGUGAAGGGCACUGGGUUGACUAGGUACAUUAUACUAGAGUUAUUGGGUCAUGAUGGUGUUUUAAUUGAAGUUUUUCUAAAAAAGAUGAGCCAGUGCUUAUUUUAUGUUCUGUCUUUGUUCAGUGGAUCAAACAUACAGCUGGCAUUGCUAGUGCCAUAAUUAUGGUGCAUUUUUAUCUAAUCAGCAUUUGUGUUAUAAUUAUACAAAAAAAAAAAAACCCUGCAAAAUGCCGAUGCAAAAAUUUUAAGACAAUAAAAGUAUUGUUUUCAAGACAAAACCACAGACUUCAGAAUGGCACAAAGUGAUUAUGGAUUUUUUAUUCACUAGUAUGUGUGUGUGUGUGUGUGUUUACAU